UGCUAGCCAUCAGCAGCCACAAAAUCCAGUCGUUGGAGCCUCAGACAGCCCACACCGUCUCCUUGCGCGACGCAGUUAGAGGAUGAGAUGAGGAUCUCUUGGAUACCAUGAGCGUGCAGGACAAGAAGACUAACAUGGCAGACCCGGAGGAAGAUCCUCGUGACGCCGGGUCUGGCUCGGAGAGCGAGAAAGAGUACCUCCUUCGCCUCCCCUCCUCCUCUACCUCUUCCUCAGGCACCCAGACCUACUCUCCCUGCCGUCGACUGGCCUUCCUCCUCGCUCUCACCUUCUUCUCGGCGCUGGGCGGGUUUCUCUUCGGCUACGACACGGGCGUCGUCUCGGGAGCCAUGCUCAAAAUCCGCGAAGACUUCAACCUAACCGCCGUCUACCAAGAACUAAUAGUCAGCAUGACCAUCGCUGGAGCGGCCAUAGCGGCUCUUCUAGCUGGGCCUCUCUCGGAUUUAUUCGGCCGCAAACCCAUCCUCCUCCUGGCCUCGUUUGUAUUCACUAUUGGAGCUGUGGUUAUGAGUGCAGCCCCUUCCCCGAUGGUGCUGCUGGUAGGGAGGUUUGUGGUGGGAGUAGGAGUGGGCCUAGCAGCCAUGGCGGUACCAAUGUUCAUCUCGGAGUCCGCCCCUGCCGAGAUGAGGGGGAAAUUGGUGGUGGUGUACAUAUCGUUUGUGACUGGCGGUCAGUUUAUUGCCACGUUGAUUGACGGGGCUUUCUCUUAUCUCCCCCUGCACGUUGGAUGGAGGUUGAUGUUGGGACUGGCUGGAGUUCCGUCUCUCAUUAUGUUCUGUGGUCUCCUCUUCAUGCCCGAGACUCCGCGAUGGCUGGUCUUCCACGAGAAGAUACCAAGAGCUCGCAAGAGCCUCUACCACCUGAGAGAGCCGAAACAGGCAGAACAAGAAUUGCAAGAGAUCAUUAAAGACUAUCAGGAGUACAAGGCACAGAAACUGGCCUGGUGGCAGGUGGUAGUAAAGCUAUUCACCACCCGCUCGGUGCGUCUGGCACUAGUGGUCGGCUGUGGGCUACAGAUGUUCCAACAGUUUGGAGGCAUCAACACUGUCAUGUACUACAGUGCCUCCAUCAUUCAGAUGGCGGGGUUCCCUGACAGAGAUGCAAUCUGGCUUGCCGCCAUUCCUGCUUUCGGGAACUUCAUCUUCACGAUCCUGGGCCUCAUCUUGGUGGACCGCAUCGGGCGACGGAAGCUACUUCUCGGCAGUAGCGCAGGGGUCAUCUUCAGUCUGGCACUCCUGGGGGCCGCGUUUUACGUCAUGGACGUCGAGAGCCCUGAAGCCACACCCAGACAACGAGAUCACUGUGACCUCACCUCAUGCGGGGCGUGUGUCGGUAACUCCCAGUGUGGAUUCUGUGUCGAUCACGUGGACGACGGCUCUUUCGUGAACGGAACGUGCACCCCGGCCGAAGAGAUCAAUAGAGAAAUGAUGAGUAAAUAUCGUACUCCAAACAGAACAUGUCUCCUAUACUUUGAGACCACACCCACUGACAUGACAAACUCAAACUUUUUUGCCUCUGAAUUUGACACUUUGCCUGGCAGCAACUCGUCCUCUGAUGAUAGAGAACGAAGGUGGUUUUUCACCAGCUGCCCAAACAGCAAGCUCGCCUCUCUGACAAUCGUGGUUCUCUUCAUCUACAUUGCUUUCUUUGCCCCGGGGAUGGGGCCCCUACCGUGGACCAUCAAUGCAGAGAUCUACCCCACAUGGGCCCGCAGUACCGCCAUAGCAUCGCCACCACGGUCAACUGGCUGUGUAACCUCAUUGUCUCCAUGACCUUUCUCACCCUCACCGACAGUAUUGGACAGCCGGCCACGUUCUGGAUGUACGCGGGACUAGGGAUACUGGGUCUGGUGUUCAUGGCUCUCCUUGUCCCGGAGACCAAGGGACGCAAGCUGGAGGAGGUGCAGCAGCUCUUCCAGAGACCCUGGUUCACCAACUGGUGCUCUUAGAAAAUCUUGCUGGCUAUAUAAUUUUUUUAUGCUGUUCGAAUGAAAAGAUGCUGAUUGCCGAUUCAUUGCCAAGUGGCAACAGGGUCACCAAUGAGCGAUUUUCCUAUAGCUGUAACAUGCACCUCUUCAAGAAGUGGCCCCGUA